UCUUCAUCUCUUAUCGCUUUUAAAACCGGCCUAGAAAGAACAACAACCUGUCUGGUCUUUUCGAAUGUGAUUUGUGGUUGAUGAUGAUGAGGCUAGUUCAAGUAUCGUCUACUGAAUCCAUUUCUUCUAUUUCAGCUUCUUCGGCCCGGAAUGGAGGAGUUCUCUACCCGAAGUGUGGUUCUGUCUGUGGUUUAUGUAGAGUCUUGAAGCCGAAUAAAGUUGCUUACAACAGCAUGAUUCUUUCAGCUAUGAGGACUUGCUCAAUUUCUGGGUUCCAUACUCAUCUUCCCAAGUCAAGCGGUUCAGUUUCUUCGAGAAAGAGGUUUUCUUCUACUGCCUUAUCAGUCAUCACUCAAACCGCUUCACCAUUUGCUCAUCCCCGUUCUUCAGUAAUUGUGUCAAGCCUUCUCUCCCCAUCUGAUAUCCCUCAGAAAUCAGAAGAAUGGUUUGCUUUACGGAAAGACAAGUUAACCACAAGUACAUUCAGUACAGCGCUUGGUUUUUGGAAAGGAACCCGGCGUGCCGAGCUCUGGCAUGAAAAGGUAUAUGACUCAGACUCGCGAGUCGUUGAGGAGUCUGCACGGUUUGCUAUGAACUGGGGUGUACAGAUGGAAUCAGCUGCGAUAGAAAGGUACAAACGAAUAAUGGGUUGUGAGGUCGGGACAAUGGGAUUUGCUAUUCACUCCAACGAGCAGUUUCACUGGCUUGGUGCUUCCCCGGAUGGAAUUCUUGAUUGCUUUGGUAUUCUAGAAGUGAAAUGUCCAUAUAACAAAGGGAAAACCGAAACUGUAUUACCCUGGAAAAAAGUGCCCUACUAUUACAUGCCUCAGCUGCAGGGUCAAAUGGAGAUAAUGGACCGGGAAUGGGUCAACUUAUAUUGCUGGACACGAAACGGAAGCACGGUCUUUCGUGUGAUGAGAGACCGAAGCUAUUGGAGAAUCAUUCAUGAUGUAUUAAGGGAGUUCUGGUGGGAGAGUGUGAUUCCUGCAAGGGAGGCUUUGUUGUUAGGGAAAGAGGGUGAGGAGGUGAAAAAGUAUGAGCCAACAUCUACACAUAAGCGAACCAAGCUUGCCAUAGCUAAAAGCAUAAAUUUGGCUGCGGAAUCAAAACUAGUAUGCAGAGAAAUCGCUGAUCAUGUCGAGUUCUUUUAGAUGAAUAGGAGAAUGAUGAUUCAUCUUAUUAGAUCACAUUGUUGUACUAUGAAACUGCUUAAAUGAUGCAACACUCUUUAAUCAGAUUUCUAGACUAUCUGGAGAUUAGCGGCGCUAUCCGCCUGUAAUUAAUUGGAUAUGAAAUUUUUUCA